GGCGCGGCGGGCGGGCGGCGGCGCGAUGGGGCUGCGAGCCGGAGGAGCGCUGGGCAGGGCGGGGGCCGGGGCCGGGGUCGGCCGGGGGGGCCCUGGGGGCCCCGGGCCGAGCGGCGGCGCGCAGGGCGGCAGUAUCCACUCGGGCUGCAUCGCCGCGGUGCACAACGUCCCUUUGCGCGUGCUUAUCCGGCCACUGCCGUCCGUGCUGGACCCGGCUAAGGUGCAGAGCCUCGUGGACGCGAUCCGGGAGGAUCCCGACAGCGUCCCCCCUAUCGACGUCCUCUGGAUCAAAGGGGCCCAGGGUGGUGACUAUUUCUACUCCUUUGGCGGCUGCCAUCGCUACGCAGCCUACCGGCAGCUGCAGCGAGAGACCAUCCCCGCCAAGCUCGUCCAGUCCACUCUCUCGGACCUCAGGGUGUACCUGGGCGCUUCCACGCCGGACUUACAAUAGCAGCCGCCGUGGCCCCUGCCAACCCUGCGAAGGUCCCAGAAGACACGCUUGGCCUCCAGCGGGCUGGGCCAUGCAGAAAGCGUACAGGGGUGCCUCUCCGUGCCUGAGGGGGAGGUCUGACUCUGAGCACCUGUUCCACUCGCCGCAAGGCCUUGGACUCCUUCCUGAACAGCGUGGGAGCCCCAGAUCCCGCUGCUGUGAAAAUGGGGUCCUAUAUUUGACCUCGAGGUAUUUUUGAGACAAUGGGAUGGAAAAGAAGAUGGGUUUGGAGAGCUACAGACUCCUGGCUCCAGAGUCCCAAGGACAAGGAUCCUUCUGCAUUGUUGUCUGUGUUAUUUCCUACUAUGCGGGAUACAUUCGGCUGCAAGCAGAGAAAAGCCUAGGCUGCAGUGGUUUCAACAAAGAGAGGUUCGUCCACAAAGCAUGAAUUCUGGAGACAGGCGGUAUGGGUGCAGGACCCCAGAGAAGGUAGAGCUCACAUCUCUGUGAUUCCUUUUGGCCUCUCCCUUAUUGCUUGUUACUUCAUGGUCCAAGAUGGCAGCUGUACCUCCAGGAAUCAUGGCUGCGUUCGAAGAAGAAAGGCGCGGGGGAGGAGGAAGGGCCAAGCCCACUCUCAACUUCUAUCAUAAAGCCAAACCUUUCUCAGAGGCCUAUUUCCUGUUCUGUCCCCCUGCAUCUUUCCAUUAGGUCUCCUUGGCCCAAACCGGCUACCAUUCCCACCCCUGGCUGCAAAGAAAGUUUAGAUGGCAGGGGACAGAACUGUCAUAUUGAGGAGACCCUUCAUAUCCCAUCUCCUGGGACUGGCGCACUGGUUCCUGAAAUAAAGUUGGAAUCCCAUUACCAAGAGAGAA